UACCUUUUUGUUUGUUAUCAUUUGAAAUGAUUGUUUUUACUUGAAGUUGGUUUUAUUUAAUUGUUUCACUUUUAUUUAUCAUGUUUAAUUGAUAAUUUAAAGCAUGUCAACAACUGAAGUUAUUCCAUUAACAUCUAGCCAUUAUCAAGUUCCUAACUGGGCAGGAAAACCUCCUUCAGGUUAUCAUUUGGAUGUUUACAAAGAUGGUAAAUUGAUUCAGAAACUGAUGAUCGAUGAAAAAAAAUGUUACCAUUUCGGGCGAAAUCCAACUCUCAAUGAAAUUUGUAUUGACCAUCAAUCUUGUUCUCGUAUUCAUGCAGCUUUGGUUUAUCACAAGCAUCUGAAUAGAGCUUUUCUUGUCGAUCUUGGUAGUACCCAUGGAUCGUUCAUUGGUACCGUUCGUCUUGAAUCAAAUAAACCGACUCAAUUGCCUCUCAAUGCGACUUUUCAUUUUGGUGCUUCGACAAGAUAUUAUUCUCUUCGAGAGAAACCCAAUUCAAGUAACUUAAAUAAUCUUGAAGGAGAUCCGAAUGUGGAAAAUACCGACUAUGGACAUCACAAUUUACCAGAUUCAGAGUUAGAAUUGGAUAACUUGACUGAAUUCAAUACUGUGCAAAACAAGAGAAUCAGCAUGAUGGGAAUCAAAGAAAACGAGGAUAAACUUCGAGCUGGUCCUCGAACUAUUUUGGUUCGAUUCAAAGAAGAAGAAGAGAUAAUUAAUCCAGAAGAUGUUGAUCCAAGUGUCGGUAAAUUUCGUAAUUUGGUGCAAACAACUGUGAUUCCAAAUAAGAAGAUGAAACUCGAUUCACCAUUGGGAAUCAAUCGAAAUGAAGUUAAAUCUCAUCACAUUCUGAAACCUCAAAUCGCUUCAACAUCUCAUCAUUCAUCUUCUCGUAAUCAACUUUAUUCACCUUCUCUUUCUUUCAAACUUGGAAUACCUUUACCUAAUUCAGCUCCUGAUGUUAAUCUCACUUCAUCACCUGAACAUAUUCCUGAACUUAUCGUCAAUAAACCAAUAGUUUCCGUUGAUCAUAAUGACAAUUUAGGUGAAUCAAGUGUACCUAAUAAAAAGAAAUACGUUAAAGAAGCUUGGCCAGGAAGAAAACCAUCACUUCUCUAUUAGAAAACUACUGCAAAAAAAAGUCAACAAUCAACAGUCAAUCACCCAUCAACUUAUCAUGUGUACAAUCUUCGUUCAAUCAUCACAGUUAACUUAUUCAAUUUCUUCCUCUGUGUAAAUACCAAUCAGAAACUAUCUUCAUAAAGGCUUGUAAAUUAAUCUUCCUUGUUUCCUAUUUCUGAUAGACAAUAAACUUAGGUCAUUUUUCCAGAAAAAAAGUUAUUUAA